ACUUUAAUUUGCCAACUUCCAAUUUCUUGUUUUACCUACUACUCCCACCCUAAACCAAAACCACAAAAAUAAUAAACUAUCUUUCCUUCCCUUUUAGAAAUCCUCCUCACUUUUCUUCAACAUAAAACUAUGUUAGUUGUACCAUAAUCUUUCUGGAAAAUAAACCCUACCUUUCACAAAAAUAUUCUGAGAAAAAUCUUGUAUACAUACAUACAUACAAACACCCAUAAUACUACUCUACAGCCAUGGGGGAAGAAAAUGCUUUAAUUGAUUACAAAGAGAAAGAGAAAGUGAAGGUAAAAUCUGUAGCCUUUGCUCUAUGCUCAGAUGAUAAGGAGACUCACAGAACCCCUACUUCUGCACAAAAGGCUUCAGAUGAUGGGGUCUUGAAAAGCACAGAGAGGCUCAAGGACAGAGAUGCUGCUUUGGCACAGCUUGAGUUAGAGAAGAGAUUGGCUUUGAUCAAAGCUUGGGAAGAGAAUGAGAAAGCUAAAGCUGAUAACAAGGCACAUAAAAAGUUGUCAGCUAUUGCAGCAUGGGAGAACACUAAGAAGGCCUCUGUGGAGGCUCAACUAAAGCAAAUUGAGGAGAUUUUUGAGAAGAAGAAGGCUGAAUAUGGGGAAAAAAUGAAGAACAAAGUAGCAGAGGUUCACAGGGAAGCAGAAGAGAAGAGGGCAGAAGUUGAAGUGAAGAGAGGGGAACAAAUGGUGAAGCUAGAAGAGGAUGCUGCAAAAUUCCGUUCAACCGGAUAUGUUCCAACCAGGUUUUUGGGAUGCUUCAGCUGUGGUCUUGGAACAGAACUUGUAUAGUUAUAGUAUGAUACAACGUUAACUUGUGGUGCAGAGUGCAGACAGCAGCAAAUUAUCGUUGUUUGCUACAUUAUUUGAUUUGCAAUGUAAUUUGGUCCUGUAAUCUCAGAUUUAUAUAUAUAUAGACUUUGUGUA